AUGUUAGAGAACUACAGAAACCUGGUUUUCGUGGGUAUUGCUGUCUGUAAGCCAGACCUGAUUAGCUGUCUGGAGCAAGGAAAAGAGCCCUGGGAUAUGAAGAGACGUGAGAUGGUAGCUAAACAUUCAGUUAUGUUUUAUUAUUUUGCCCAACACCUUUGGCCAGAGCAGAACGUAAGAGAUUCUUUCCAAAAAGUGACCCUAAGAAGAUACAGGAAAUGUGGAUAUGAGAAUUUAAAGUUAAGAAAAGGCUGUAAAAAUGUGGUUGAGUGUAAGCAGCACAAAGGAGAUUAUACUGGACUUAACCAAUGUUUGAAAACUACCUUGAGCAAAAUAUUUCAAUGUGAUAAAUAUGUAAAAGUUUUCCAUAAAAUUUCAAAUUCAAAUAGACACAAGAUGAGGCAUACUGAAAAUUAACAUUUUAAACGUAAAGAAUGUGGCAAAACAUUUUGCAUGCUUUCACACCUAACUCAACAUAAAAGAAUCCAUAUUACAUUAAUUCGUACUGGAGAGAAACCAUACAAAUGUAAAGAAUGUGGCAAGGUUUUUAACCAGUUCUCAACCUUUAAUACACAUAAGAUCAUUCAUAUGGGAGAGAAACCUUAUGAAUGUGAAGAAUGCGGCAAAACUUUUAACCGCUCCUCAAAACUUACUGAACAUAAGUACAUUCAUAUUGGAGAGAAACCGUACAAAUGUGAAGAAUGUGGUAAAGCCUUUAACCAGUCCUCAACCCUUACUACACAUAAGAGAAUUCAUAGUGGAGAGAAGCCCUACAAAUGUGAAGAAUGUGGCAAAGCUUUUAAACAAUCUUCAAACCUUACUGACCAUAAAAAAAUUCAUACCGGAGAGAAACCCUACAAAUGUGAGGAAUAUGGCAAAGCAUUUAACCGAUCUUCAAACCUUACUGAACAUAAGAAAAUUCAUACUGCAGAGAAAUUCUACAAAUGUGAAGAAUGUGGCAGAGCUUUUAACCAACUCUCAAACCUUACUAGACAUAAGCUAAUUCAUACUGGAGAGAAACCCUACAAAUAGAAGCCCUGUGAGUGUGAAGAAUGUGGCAAAGCUUUUAACCAAGUGUCAACUCUUACUAUACAUAAAAGAAUUCAUACUGGAGAGAAACCUUACAAAUGUGAGGAAUGUAGCAAAACUUUCAGUCGAUCCUCAAAACUUACUACACAUAAGAAAAUUCAUACAGGAGAGAAACCUUACAAAUGUGAAAAAUGUGGUAAAGCUUUUAACCAGUCUUCAACCCUUUCUACACAUAAAAUAAUUCACACUGGAGAGAAACGCUACAAAUGUGAAGAAUGUGGCAAAGUUUUUAACAGAUCUUCAAGCCUUACAGAACAUAAAAAAAUUCAUACAGGAGAGAAAUCCUACAAAUGUGAAGAAUGUGGCAAGGCCUUUAACCACCGGUUAAGGUCCUCAACUCUUACUAAACAUAAGGUAAUUCAUACUGGAGAGAAAUUGUACAAAUGUAAAGAAUGUGGUAAAGCUUUUAAACAGUUCUCACACCUUGCUGUACAUAAGAUAAUUCAUACUGGAGAGAAACUCUACCAAUGUGAAGAAUGUGGCAAAGCUUUUAACUUAUCCUCAAACCUUACAGCACAUAAGAAAAAUCAUACUGGAGCAAAACCCUACAAAAGAAGAAUAUGGCAAAGCUUUUAACUUAUCCUCAAACCUUACUGCACAUAAGAAAAAUCAUACUGGAGCGAAACCCUACAAAUGUGAAGAAUGUGGCAAAGCUAACCUAUCUUCAACCCUUACUCCACAUAAGACAUUCAUACUUGAGAGAAACCCUGCAAAUGUGAACAAUGUGGCAAUGCUUUUAACUAAAUCUCAAACUUUACUAA